AACAUUUCUACACCUGGUUUCCGAGGCUGCAUGAAAAAUCUGAAGAAAACCAGCGGUGUUGUUAGGUUGAAUGACACUGUGGGAGUCACAAAAAAAUGCUCAGAAGACUGGAAGCUCGUGCGAUCUGCCUCAUUCUCCAGGGGUGGACAAUUGAGGUUCAACAAUUUGGACCUCCCUUUGCCCAACGAAUUCCAGGCCUCCUUUGGGUUUCAGACCUUUCAACCGGGUGGCAUGUUAUUUAAUCUCCAGGCACAGACACGGAACCUGCAGGUCUCCCUGGAAGAUGGUCACAUUGAACUGAACACCAGGGAUAGCAACAGCCCGAUUUUUAGAUCUCCGCAGACGUACACGGAUGGUUCACUGCAUUAUGUAUCUGUAAUAAGUGACAACUCUGGACUCCGGCUUCUCAUUGAUGACCAGACUCUGAAAAGUAACCAAAGGCUACAGGACUUGUCGGGUUCCCAGCAUCCCCUGUAUCUGGGCGGGAGUCACUUCGAGGGUUGCAUCAGCAACGUUUUCAUCCGGAGGCAAUCAGGGAGCCCUGCGGUCUUGGACUUGGCCAAUAAAACUUUCAAGAGAGAUGUGUCCCUGGGAGGCUGCAGUUUAAACCCACCACCUUUCCUCCUGUUGCUCAGAGGUUCUACGAGGUUUAACAAAUCCCACACUUUGAAUAUCAACCAGCCAUUGCAGGACACGCCGGUGGCCUUCCCACGGAGCAUGGACAUGUGGCGAGAGGCCCAGUCUUGCCUACCACCUCCCCGGGCCCAGGCCAGUCAGGGAGCCCUCAGGUUUGGGGACAGGCCCACCAGCCACUUGAUAUUCACGAUUCCCCAGGAGUUGGUGAAACCCAGGUAUUUUGAAUAUUCCUGCCCCCACACCGACUCAGAACCUGACUCCACAAUCGUAUCCCAGAGCAGGCCGGCCGGCAGGACACCACGCACCUGUCACUAAUGAAGUGGCAACACCACUUUUGUGGAAAGAGGUGCUGGCCUGCACAGGACACGGCGCGUGACUGCCCCAAGUGCGCUCCGUCCCCGCCGCCGGAAAGCACGCGUGCGCUGCUCAGAGGCUGAAACAAUCCGCUCCGCUCUGGUGUAGAAUUGAUGGCGUUCUAAAAAUAUGACUGGUACUUCCUUUCAAAGCUGCUAUUUAUUUCUAUGAUAAAUCACCUUUCUUGUCUACAUUCUAUAGUCAGAGAAAAAUAAUUCUUGUAAGUAGACUCAGUGCCAGAUAGAUCAUUUUUAGAGAGCACCUUUGGACUUCUUGUGCUAACAAGUUGCCUCUUUUCUGGGGAGGAGGGAGUGAACAGAGAUAUUAAUUAUGUCAGAAAAAAAAGUAGGGAAACAAGGCUUGUCAUUUUCAUGUGAUUUGGAGACAUAAAUAACAAGGUGCCAAAAUUCCUUUAUGAUUUAUGUACAGAAGAAUUCCCCAGGGUCGAAACGGCCUGGCUUUAAGACCACGCUUUCAAUCCCCACUCAGCCACUUGCUGGCUGUGUGACCUCAGGCCAUUUGCCAGAUCGGUCUUCUGGGAUGCAGACGUGAAGAUAGGACUAGAUGUUGCAAGAGAUGAGUUGUUCCUGUGGAAGAUAAAGGUGGAGGCAGCAGGGGCUGGUGGGAAGAGCCUUCCGCUGAGACUGGGGCCUGGCAUCUGUGAACAAUGGGGCCGCUGCAAGCAAAGGUCACCCCUUAGAAGAGUCCAAUGUUGGGCAUCAAUGGCCUGGCUCUAGUUUUGCUGUCGAGCUCAGUCCUUGGCUGGGAGUCACCCAUAUGCCGCUGCAGAUCUGAGGGCACGGGGGCUGGGGGCUGCCACCCACAGUGUCCCUGCAGCCGGUUCACUCAAAGGGGGUUUGGAGCAGCAAGUCGAUGGAUACCACAGGCUGUUGUUCAACUUUUCUAAGCCUCAGCUUUCUCUCCAUGAAUUUGACAUCAUCAGUGUUUUCACAAGUUGCUACACCUCUUUGAACCUCAGUUUUCUCAUCAGUUAAAUGGAGCUGAUAAUGCUUUCCCUGCAGGGAGGGAUGCAGUAGCUUGCAAGGAGCUGGCCCUGGGAGGCCCACUCAAUAAGCCAAGUGCACGAUUCACAGGCAGAUGUGAAGGCCAGAAAAGGGAAGGGUAGCAUUCAGAAGGAGAACCCUAUGCCAGCAGCCCCCCAUCUCCAUUUGUGCCACCGAAAGGCUGGGGAUCCCUGAUUUGCCAAGGGAGACUGAGAAGUGAGGUCCCCCUCAGUUAUUUGCCCUUCCCGGGGCUACCUCUUGGGAGGAAGGCCCACUCCCCAUCACCGUGCUCUUGGUCAAGACCAAGCCUCUGUGUAGAUGCUGCCCAGCCUCCCCGCCCUCCUGCCUGGGCUCUGGCGCUCCCCCACCAGCGCUGCCCUCCCCCCGCCCCGCAAAGCCCCUUCCUGUCUCGCAUCUCCUCUCAGAGCACACUCAGUGUGGUGAGUUCUCUGGCUUCUUCUGAUGAUUCAGCCCCAGCACCUUCCCUUGCAGCACUAACGUAUACAUAAUAAAUGGGAAAAGGAACAUUUUAACGGGGAAGUGGUAAAAAGCAAUCACUAGUAGAUAUAAUUUUUAAAUUAUUGAAGUCUCAAAUAUUGUAGCCAUCGGAGUAUAUUUUCAGGAUGAGGCAAGUCCAGAAUAUGGGCUAUUCCGUUGUUUUCAUUCUAAUUUAUUUUUAUUUUUACUUUUUUAUUUUUUUAGAUUUUAUUUAUUUA